GCGCCCCUGAGUGUGUCUCUGCACUAAAAACAUGACACUUGUGCGCUCUUUAAACGCUUUUUGUGUGAAUGGGCCGUGCCAAAGGACUACAGCGCCUUGUUGUUGAUGUUUAGGGAGCUUUAAGUGAUGCUCUCACGAAAGAAAAGCAAAAACGAAGCGUCCAAACCAGCCGAGGUGCACGGGAAGUAUGUGAAGAAGGAAACGUCUCCGCUCCUCCGCAACCUUAUGCCCUCCUUCAUCCGUCAUGGCCCCACAAUCCCGCGACGCUCCGAGGCUCCUCUGCCAGACAUGGGCCCCUCGUCAUAUGCUGUGGCCCCGAGCAGAGAGCCCGUGGUGCGGCGGACCCCAGUGCAGCGCCCCCCGCAGGAGAUUGCACGCAGGGAGAGCCAUCGCCUAUCGGCUCCUCCUUACCUGCCACGGAGUCUGGGCGACCUGCCGCGGGAGUACGGAGGCUCCACACAGUCCUUCUUGAGCGAUGUGGGACCGAUGUCUGAGAACGGGGAGGGGUCCAGGUAUUACUACCCCCCCGACCUGUACUACAACCAUCAGCCCAAUCAGCCCCAACACAACCAACCCCAGCCCCAACAGCAGCAGCAGAGGAGGAGGCUCCAGGAGAACUUUCUGGACGAUUUCAGAUUCUGUGAGAGAAAUGAGCUCAAUGUUCAGAGACAUCCAAGACAACACACUCCUCCAGGACAGGGCAGGCCCACUGCAGGCAUUGGUCGAAUCCAGGCCAAGUCUCUGGGGAACCUGUCCAGUCUGACCCAGGAGGACCUGCCCCUCCCCCCGGGCUGGACCGUUGAUUGGACCAUCCGAGGCAGGAAGUACUACAUCGACAUGAACACAAACACUACUCACUGGAGCCACCCGCUGGAGAGAGAAGGACUACCACCCGGCUGGGAGAAGGUGGAGUCGGCUGAGUUUGGGGUUUACUAUGUUCAUCAUAACACCAAGAGUGCGCAGUACAGGCAUCCAUGUGCUCCCAGUGUCCCCCGUUACGACCAGCCUCCCCCCCUCCCUCCCCCAGUCACAUACCAGCCUCUCCCCCCAGAGAGGACUCAGCCUGUCCUCGUACCUGCAAACCCCUACCAUGCGGCUGAGAUCCCGGACUGGCUCCAGGUCUAUGCCAGGGCACCGGUCAAGUAUGACCACAUCCUGAAGUGGGAGUUGUUCCAGUUGGCCGAUCUGGACACGUACCAGGGCAUGUUAAAGCUUUUGUUUAUGAAGGAACUCGAACACAUCGUCAAAUCGUACGAGGGCUACAGACAAGCGCUGUUAUCCGAGGUGGAGGGGCGUAAGCAGAGGCAGCAGCAGUGGUACGCCGCGCAGCAACCAAAACAAAACUACAUUAAAAACAUGUAACGCCACAAGAGGGCGCUGUGCAUGGACGGAAACGGUGCAUUAUUAUUAUUAUUAUUACCAUUAUCAUUUUUAUUAUUGGCUUUCCAAUAAAUGGUAACAACAAUAUGUGACUAAGAAACCAACAAGCUACAGUAGCUUUACAGUCACAGCAAAACUCCACUCUGGUCUUUGAGAGUUGUGAAAAGUGCUUAUAAAUUCAUCAUGGAGAGUAAUUAAUGGAAAUUUCACUUCCAGAGCCUAAAAGAUUGUUACAAGUAGAUAAGAGUUGAUGUGUUUUUAUAUGGGAGCGCUUCCAGUUGACAGAUUCAUCCCUGCUCCAUUGGGCAUUGGGCUGUGUACUCGUUGGACCUUUGACUUUAGUAACAUGUGCCUUUAUCCAAAUAUCUGAAAGUUUUAAAAGGGUAAACCAUAGACUGUGUAUAUAAAUGGGCACAGCUAACCCGCUAGCCGCCAUGUUCCAAAUAGGCAGUGAUCAUGGGCCUGCUCCAUCAGCUCCAAUUCACUUUACAUCAGAAAACUGUGUCCCCUCACUCUGUAACUGCUGCUGUCAGACUCGUCAUGUUGGUCUUAAAAUGUUCGUAUUAACCCACGCUACAUGAUUCUGGGGUUUUAAUUUCACAAUUUUGUCUGUGAUUCAAAAUAUGAACAUUAAUAAUAGACAACUCAGGCGCCUUCGUUGCCUGAGGUUGCUUCUGCUAGCAUUAGCAACCGGUUUGACUGACAGCGAUGCUAACCACUCGCUACCCGCUAAACCAGUGGUGUGGUUAGGAAGGGGCGUUACCUUCAACAGCCUCGCUCCAGAUUGGCUCUUUGGUUGCUAUGAUACUCGCAGUUGGACUCCCUAACAUGCAACUUGACUCCAAUUGCUGCUAUAACUGCUAGCCUCAAUGAGCUUCAUUUGGAGCCAAAUGCUGUGGAUGAUGUCACACUCACAGUCAACUUCUUUAUACAGUCUAUGGUUAAACAAUAUGUAGCAUUUUAGACUGACCUCCAGAGGACACAAUAACUAUGAACACUUGUAUGAAGAAGACAUAUUGCGCUAAAUGUGAGACUUAUGCCAUGGACAGAUGUGCAAACAUAAUGGACUUUUGAGAUGUUGAAGAUUGAAGUUUACCAAUGGAAAAAUGUCCAAAACCGUGCUUUUUAUAACUGACUUUAACAGUUCUACCAUGUAGCCUAUACCAGCUUAUUCAUCCCGGCAGCUUCAGAAAACAACUUAAAGAUCCAUUGUGUAACUUUUCGGGUGGAGGGUUGCUGCUUGCUUAUUCUAUGGAGGUCUUGAACAUUACACAGAAUGGCAGUAAUCCUAUCUAGCUCCAUUAUGGUUGUCAAAAUUAAAAGAAAGGUAAAGCAAUAACACCUCCAUGGAGACGAGCAGGUAGCAGACUCUCCACCAAAAACGUUCCAUAGUGUGCCUUGAAAACUGUAAAUAAAGUGUAUUUUAUGACAAUCCACCAAAAAUCCACAACAUAUUUAAGUUUUGUGAGAAUAUUUAAGAGGACUGGGUGAAGCGCUCGUCUCUGUAGCGGCAUUACUGUUCAUGUUAUUCAGUGUAAUCAAAGAAACAUAAGCUACGACAGAAAAGACUGUUAUAAAGUGAUAUUUUGUUUUUUAAAGGGGAGGUUUGAUUAUUUAAACUCAGGAUUAUGUAAACAAUAAUUCUAAGCGUAGUAUUUAAUUCACAGAUUAAACAGGUCGAUGAGGUGUCAAAAUGCCAAUUUGCCACAUUAGGCAAAAUCUAUCAGACAAAUACACAGUUUAUAUCUUUUCUCCUUUUUUGUGGAUGCCAUUUUGAGGACUUUAUGGACCUUUGUUUUAAAUUGUUGUUUGCAUUUGCCUGUAUUUUUAUUAUUACUUUGAAACCGUGUACACAUUUUCAGGUUCAUUUGUAACACUUUAAUACCUUUUAUAUACAGUUCCUUUAAUUUAAAAUAUUACAUCUUGAAUCCUCUAGUUCACAUGUGUCAAACUCAAGGCCCGGGAGCCAAAUGUGGCCUUCCACAUCAUUUUAUUUGGCCCUCGACAGGGUACAUUAAAAGAUAUGAUGGUCUUAAAAUGUCAUUUUAUCAGGAGAUACACAGUUACACAGCGAUGUUUUUACAUCUGGCCAUCUGGCAUACACAAUAUUUGUAACUUCAAUAAGUAAUAAAUACAGAAACAACAAAUGAAAACAAAUUAAAAAGUAGUUAGAUUUAUUUUACAUCUGGCCCUUUGAGAGCAGCCAUUUUUCUGAUGUGGCCCUCGGUGAAAAUGUGUUUGACACUCCUGCUCUAGUUGUUCUGUCGUGAAGCUCCAAACCAGCUCCUCCCCAUUAAAAACAAGACAUCACUUUGUACAGCUCCUCGUAUGACACUAGCUCUGCCAAAAAGUGCAAUCAGCUUUCUAUUUAUCAUGUUUAUACAAUUAUGAUCUGCCUGUACUGCCCUGUUCUGAAGUGAAUCUCGUCUUCUGUGUCAAACUUUUACAUUUUAAAUAAUCCAACAGUUCAUUUAUUUUUACAUUCAAACAUUAUGGGUGAUUUAGGGUUUGGUAAUGUGCUUUUUCUCAAUGCUAACAUGAAGGCUCAGUAUCACACAAGUAAUAUUUUAGCAUAUUUAAAGAGGGGAUACGAUGCAGAAUUGACUUUUUGGAGCUUUCUACCAUGUUUUAAUGUUAAUCCUUCAUCAAAAACAUGUCUUAAGUUUGAGUCCUAUAAAGCUUCAAAUGUGGUGAUUUUGAUUAAGAUUUGAGCUGAAUUUGAAACAGAAACAAUUUAAUUAAUAUAUAUUUUUUAUCUUUAUUUGUAUAUUUUAGUUUGUUCAAAUUAUUAAAGUGUUAAAAAAAACUCAGCCUUUUCAGCAGGUUUCACUCAGUAAUAAAAGAGCAGGAGACGAUGUUCACUUCAUUUUGUAACUACAUUGGACAAAAUAAACUGUCAUGUCAAUAUCAUGU